AUGAUAGUUCUCUCAUGGAAUAUCAGGGGUCUUAAUGACCCUGGGAAGGUGGCUGCUGUUAGAAAGCUACUUUCUGAUCAGAAGUGUGAUGUUCUUUGCCUUGUUGAAACUAAAGUAAAACAACAUCAUUUUGUCAAGAUUCAGAGGAAAUUUGGGGUUGCUUGGACUUGGUUUGUUAACUAUGCUAAUUCUCCAAGGGUUAGUUCAUUGUUUGAUCACCACAAAAGAUCUGCAAACUCAGAUUUUCAUUACUAUUGUGUAUGGGUUACAACUGUUCAGGAUAGGCUUCCUCUGUGGGCUGGUCUUAGGCAGUUGGCUGGUAUCUCUGGAGCCUGGUUAUGUGCUGGUGAUUUUAACUCUAUUCUAUCUUGUGUUGAUAGAAUUAAUGGGGCUCUGGUUACUGAUUAUGAAACCAGGGAUUUUCAGAGCUUUGUUGACGAUUUGGCUUUGACUGAAAUUAAGAGUAAGGGUUCCUUCUUCUCUUGGUGUAACAAAGCUCAUAAUGGUCCUAGGACUUAUUCCAAAAUUGAUAGAGGUAUUGUUAACCAAGAUUGGAUGGAUAUUUAUGGGCAUGUUAAAGGUAUUUACUUACCCCUCUCUCUUUCUGAUCACAAUCCUAUUAUCUUUGAUAUCUUUCAUUCUCAGCCUGGCAAAGGGAGACCUUUUAGGUUCCUUAAUUGUCUUGCUGAUCAUGAAAGUUUUCUAGAUAUUGUGGAUUCUGCUUGGCAAUGUUCUGUUCCUGGUAAUGCAAUGCAUAAGGUUUGGUCUAAACUUAAGCAAGUUAAGACUGCUCUUAAGUCUAUGAACAUUGAGAAAUUUGGUAAUGUUUCUGAGAAGGUUGAAGCUGCUCAAAAUGCUCUAACUGAUAUUCAGCAGCAGAUUUUAAAUGAUGUUAACAAUGUUGAUUUGCACUUCAAGGAGUUAGAAGCUAUUCAAACUAUUAAAUACUGGAUUAAUGUUCAGGAAAGUAUUUACAGACAAGGCAGGAAUAUUGAUACUCUUUUUACUAGUGAUGGCACUUUACUGAAAACCCCUACUGCUAUUGAAGAAGAAAUCACAGGUUUUUAUAAAGCUCUUCUUGGCUCCAAUGUUGAUUCCCUUCACGGGGUUGAUCUUAGCACUAUGAGAAGAGGUGCUCAGCUUUCUAGAGAUUCUCAGCAGUCUCUUAUUGCUCCUAUUUACAUUGAGGAAAUUGACUUAGCCUUGAAAGAUAUUGAUAGCUCCAAAGCUCCUGGAAUUGAUAGGUUUAACUCUCACUUCUUCAAGAAAACUUUGGGAUGUUGUGAAAAAUGA